AUGCGGGAACGCAUCACCUUUGUCCACGAGGACCCCAACUUCGACCCCGACACCUUGGACCUGCAGGACGCCGGGUUACUGGGUCCUCAGAUUGAGACGGCCAGACAGAACCGGCUCACCAUCAACUUCGACGAGUUGCCCCAGGAGCUGGCCGACUUCCUCAGAGGAUUCGAAGCUCUGCAUGUCAGAUGGGCUAGCCCCCUGCAGUACACGACGCUGGAUCCUUUCAGCGCCCGACUAUCACCUGGCCUCCAUCUAUCCUACUCUCCCUCGCAAUCGCAUGAGAAUGAUUCAACCAAGUUGUGCACCUGGAUGCAGAGAUUUGGGUCUCUGGCAUGUAUGACACCAGAGUCCUUCACAAAAUCCAGCAGAGAUGAUCCCUCAGUGUCUCCAUCCUUCUACUUCUACCAAGCACUAGAGGAUCUGCAAUUAUUUAUAGCAUCAAGCACCCAGGACUUCUGCCCUGAGCUCGACUCUAUUUGCCAGGCUCGAAUCCGUGGCCUCUAUACCGCUGCUGCCCUGGACUUGUCAUUCGACGCCGUGUCAAAAGCCCUUCAGAUCAACGCCUUAUGGCCCGUUCGAGCCCAGACUAUCACGGCCCCUGCCUCUGACGCCCGGAGGACAGAGGUCGGCAUCUUCGUCAGAAACACGCCACCCACUAUCAAGGCCCAUGAGCUCGGGCUCGCGGGCGUCGUGACAGUACUGAAUGACAAGAACAAACCAUCUCCCACCAUAUUCGCAUUCCCUUCCCGUCACCGACACAUCGACGCCGAUUUCACCUCCAGAUUUCUAACCCCCACAGGUCUUCACCCCACCCUCCAAUUGAGUCUGGGCUCCAACCAACCCCCAGAUAAUGAUGCUGAGUGUUCUCCCUUUGCAUAUUUGACUCUCCCAAAGGCCAUCUUCGCAGACCGCUACCAGCUAGCGGAUGAGUUGUUCCUGGCCUCCAAGAACCUCACUGCAUCUCGUUACACGAGUCUACCCGUCGACUUGGAGGCUCCCGCUUAUACAACUGACUCAUGGGGCUCCAGGGUCCUCCUGGAGCUGGCCGCUCCUCCUCCCAAUCAAGACCAGCCUUGGACGGCCGAGGUUCCACUUCACCUCCGAUACCUGGAGCCCUCGUCGACAGGAGAGGUCGAAAUCGAGGUCCCGUAUCCCGCCGUCUUCUGGGCUUGCUCGUCGGAAGUGGAGGACCUGAGCAACCCCUUUGAUCGCGUCCACCUGGGAUUUGAUGAGUUGUUUGAUAAAAAUACCGUCUUCUGGCACAUCACCCCUCAACCGACGAGUGGAAAGCGACUUAUGAGCCCAGUUACUGUCCCCGUACUGAAUGAUCAGGGGGCAGACUACAUUGGGAUAGGCACAACUGUCGCUGUAGCCUUGGGCUUUGCUUGGGUAUUAUGGAAACUUGUCGGCGCCAUGAUGAGAUCGGAAAGCCAGCGGCCUUCCAACCUAAGCGAGGCUACCAAGAAGAAGCAGUGA